AUGGAAACACAGAAUGGAACAGUGCUGAGUGAAUUCAUCCUCAUGGGAAUCACAGACCGCCCUGAGAUGCAGGCUCCACUGUUUGGGCUCUUCCUCAUCAUCUACAUGGUCUCCGUGGUGGGCAACUUGGGCAUGGUCAUCCUCACUAAGGUGGACUCCAGGCUGCAGACACCCAUGUACUUCUUUCUCAGGCACCUGGCUUUCAAUGAUCUUGGUUAUUCAACAACCGUGGGCCCCAAAAUGUUAGUAAAUUUUGUGGCGGAUCAAAAUGAAAUCUCCUAUUACUUUUGUGCUACACAGCUCACUUUCUUUCUUGUGUUCAUUAUUACUGAGCUUUUCAUUCUGGCAGCAAUGUCCUAUGACCGCUACGUGGCCAUCUGUAACCCUCUGCUUUACCCAGUGGUCAUGUCGCAAAGGGUCUGCUUUCUGCUAGUUUCCCUUACAUACCUCUAUAGCUUUUCCACAUCGAUUGUGACUUCCUUUUCUAUAUUCUCAAUGGCUUAUUGCUCUCUCAAUGUAAUCAAUCAUUUUUACUGUGAUAUUGCCCCUCUCUUAGCCCUGUCCUGCUCUGACACAUCCUUCCCAGAAACAGUAGUAUUCAUAUCUGCAUCUACAAACUUGAUGUUUUCCAUAACUGUAGUUGUAGCAUCUUAUUUCAACAUCAUUUUGUCCAUUCUAAGGAUACGUUCAUCAGAAGGAAGGAAAAGAGCCUUCUCCACAUGUGCUUCACAUAUGACCGCUGUUUCAGUUUUCUAUGGAACUCUGCUUUUCAUGUAUUUACAGCCUCGAAAUAACCAUUCAUUAGAAACUGAUAAAAUGGCUUCAGUGUUUUAUACGCUGGUGAUUCCCAUGCUGAACCCCAUGAUCUACAGCCUGAGGAACAAGGACGUGAAGGCUGCCUUGAAGAGAUUUCUGACAAAUUCUUUAACACAAACCUUUUUAAUUCUAAAAAAGAGAAAGAACAAAUAA